AUGACAACAACGAGACUGAUGCUGCCGGGAUUCGAGGACGCAGUUGACAAUGACGAUUCUGGAAACGGGAGCUGGAGGUGGAUGUUUUUCUUGUUAUCAUCGAUUGUUUUGGCCGUUGAUCUGCUGAACCCCAGCCCUGCUGCUGAGGCCCGCAAGCACAAGCUCAAGACCCUUGUGCCUGCCCCUCGCUCGUUCUUCAUGGACGUCAAGUGCCCCGGCUGCUUCACCAUCACCACCGUCUUCUCUCACGCACAGACCGUCGUCAUCUGCCAAGGCUGCACGACCGUCCUUUGCCAGCCCACCGGUGGCAAGGCGAGACUGACGGAGGGCUGCUCUUUCCGGAGAAAGUAG